AAAUUAGUUUUUAGUUUUUCUUUUUUAAUUGGAAAAUAGGGUGACAUAUUUAAAGGGAGUUUCAUCUCAUUUGGCGCUCAACCAUCUCUCUCUCUCUCUCUCUCUCUCAAAUCUCAACUACGAACAGAGCCAUUUAUAGGGAAACAAUUUCAUCAAAUCCCAACAUCUUCUGAUUAUCCUUCAAUAGCUUUGAUCCAAUCAAAUGGAAAAGUAUCAGAUGGGUGAGGUUAUUGGACGCGGAGCCCAUGGUGUUGUUCACAGAGGUCUUGAUCUCAAGACUAAUCAGACUGUAGCUAUAAAGAAGACGCAUUCUAAGCACUACAAGUAUGGUAUCCCAAGUACCACAAUCCGACAAAUCUCUCUGCUGAAAGAGAUGGAGCAUGACAACAUUGUCAAGUUGCUGGAUGUAAUAAGCAAUAUUAACAAUGAAUGUUAUAUCAUUUUUGAACUUCUGGACCUUGAUCUGAAGAAAUUCAUGGAGAUUUAUCCUGAGGAAUCUAUGGAUAAACAUAGAAUAAAGAAUUUUCUGCGUCAAAUUCUUUCGGGUGUUUCCUACUGUCAUAAGCGCAGAAUUCUCCACCGAGACUUGAAACCUUCCAAUUUACUGCUAGAUCUCAAUGGCUACAGAGUGAAGAUUGCAGACUUUGAAUGGGCCAAGAAAUUUGAUAUUCCUUUUGGCGGACAUACUCCGGAGGUAGUAACUCUGUCAUACAGGCCACCCGAAAUCCUCCUUGGCUCCCCGGUAUACUCCACCCCUGUUGAUGUGUGGUCUGUAGGCUGUAUAUUUGCUGAGAUGGCUAUGCGUCGGCCUCUGUUUGAUGGUCGCUCCAAGAUUGGUCAACUCACUAAAAUAUUCAGGAUUAUGGGGAAACCAAAUGAAAAAACAUGGCCUGGAGUCUCCUCACUACCGUAUUACCAGACUUACUUUCCCAAGUGGAUUCCUAAGAACCUGGUGGAAUUUGUUCCUAAUCUUGAACUGGCUGGAGUUGAUCUUCUUUCUGAAAUGCUCUGCUUGGAUCCAGCUAGAAGAAUUUCAGCCCAUGAUGCACUUGAGCAUGCAUACUUCAAUGAUGAUUAUGAUGAUGUUCAUUGAUUCCAUGUCCUUCACUUUUCUUUCAUAGACUACCAAUUUCUAGGAUUGAAUUUGAGUUGGAUUGGUGAGCUUUCUUCCAUUCAUUGUAAAUUCUCUCCCCAUUCAAUGCUUUUUGCUGCAACCAACUUGUACUAGCAAUAAGAAAUAAUCUUGUGUGUUACAAGAGAGAGAGAGAGAGAGAGAGAGAGAGGGAGAGGGGUAUAUUGAAUUGACAAUGAAUGAAUAUACAAUCCCCUUUAUAUAGUGAGGGAGAGGACCAAACAUGGAAACAAAUCAACAAGGAAAUAAGUAAACCAAGAGAAACCUAAUAUACAAGGAGUAUGUAUAUAUGCCGCUGAGUUUCUCUCCAUAACUCAUUUCUUUAUAUCCUUCAUACUCCUUGUAUGGGUUUUAAUUUAGACCCUCACUAAUGAUCUGAACAGUCUGUCUCGUAAGCCUUGCAAUGAAGGUCAUCCAUGCAAAAAAUGAGUUUCAUCGGACA